ACAAUCAUUAUUGUGAAUAAAAAAUUAAAUACAUUGGUGACCGGUGUACAUUGCGUCCGGAGUGGAUUACAUUCUGUCAAGCCUGCAUUUGAAAUCUAUAAACCUUUGUUCGAUUUGCUUCCAAGCUUUUCUCUUUUCUUUCUUUUUUUUUUAACUAAAGGUUGCUCUCCUUUUUUUUCAGUGUACUUGUGGGUGUUGGGGGCAGAGCUUCAGUCAGAUCUUGGCCUCCCUCGCAGAGCAGGGGGUCACGUUCAGCAGAAGGAGUCACAGUAGUGGCGAGCGGCUCGCGUUUACGUGGAAAUGUUGUCCGGUCCAAAUGAUGGAUGCCACCGACUCCCCUGACCCGUACAGCCGCCCGGCGCGCAGGACGCAGUGGAUCGUGAGCACCCUGGCUUACCAUUACGGACUGGACCGGGGAGUGGAAAACGAAAUCAUCGUCCUGGCCACCGGCCUGGAUCAGUAUCUGCAGGAGAUAUUCCACCACCUGGACCACCGAGGACUCGGCAAAAUCCCCGAGGAGGACUUCAACGUCCUGUGUGAAGUUCUGGGGCUGAGCGAGGACUCGGAAUCGGAAGAGUCCGCCGGAGUGCUGGGCAACCUACCCAGCGCGCUCACCUUCAGGCACUUCCACGCCAAGCUGUGCGGCUACUUCACCACGAAGGCGGGAUGCCAGUACGAGAACGACCGGCUGCUGGUCGGGACCGACAGCGAGCACAUAGAAACUCAGAUCCGUCUGCGGAGCCCCCUGAAGCGGCGGGAGACGCUGCUCUCGGUCGGUGCGAGCGGCGGCUGCUCUCCCGCGCCCUCCCCGGCGCAGCGGCGCGCUUUCGGCUGCAGGCUCGGCUCCCCGGGCUCCUGCAGCAGGGAGUGCUACGAGGAGAUCGUGGCUCUGGAGGAGGCGGAGGACAGGAUAGGGAAGCUGGAGGAUGAGAAUGCGAGUCUCAGGGAGCUGGUUGAAGACAUGAGAGCCGCGCUGCAGAGCAGCGACGCUCGUUGUUUGGCUCUGCAGGUCGGCCUCUGGAAAAGCCACUCCAAGCAUAAACCAAGAGAAGGACGUUUCGUUUCCCCGCGGACGCUGGCCUCCCACAACAACAUGGCCAACAGCCCCAACAGCAACCUCAAGAGCCUGCAGAACCUCAUCCAAGAGAUAGAGUACCUGCACAGCUCCAGAGAAUGGCAGGUGGAGGAGACGGCGUCGCGCAACCAGAGACUGGAGCAGGACCUGUGGCGCUGUAAGGAGGCCGUCGCUGCGUUGGAAGACAGCAACAGGCUUCUGAAGACGGAGCAGGCGAGCAUGAGGAGGAAGGUGGAGGAGGCCCGGCAGGCUCUGCUGAGCGGACUGGAGAAGGUGAAGGACCUGGAAGCGAAGGCCAGUCGUGUUCCGGCGCUGCAGAGGCACGUUGUCCAGAUGGAGUCUGAGCUGCUUUACUACAGGUCUGAGAUGUCCAGACUUCAGCCAGUGAGCAGCGCCGGGGCAGAGCAGCGGCCGUGCUGCCAGGACCUCCGACACGACCGCCGUUCACCAACCGGCCGCGCUGUGACCACCCCUGACAAGAUGCCAGUCGAGGAGCAGCUGUUCCGCUCGGUGGAAGGCCAGGCUGCCUCGGACGAAGAAGAGGACAAACGGGCCGGAGACCAACAGAGGCAGGUGGAGGAGGUGAAGAGGAUCCUAACCAGGCUGUCCUGCUGUGGCGGAAGAUGUGGUGACGAGGCGCUGGAGAAGCUGAUGUUUCGUUUCGGAAGCUCGAGGAGCGAAGAGUGUCACGGUGCUGUGGUGGAGCUCCUGGAGAGAGUCACCAGGCUGCACAAAGAGCUGAAGCUGAAGGAAAGCCGAGCAGAGAUGAACAUGGACCAGAUGAAGGACUCUCUGGUGCAGCAGCUGCAGCAGAGGGCCGAGGACACGGAGCUGCUGACCGUGGAGCUGCAGUCGCUGGACAGAGAGAAGGCCCGUCUCUCGCUGGUGGAGGAGAAGCUCGUGGACAUCCUGCAGCUUCUGCAGCAGCUCAGAGACUUGAACGUCUCCCGAAGGUCCCUGGGGAAAAUAUUGCUCAGUACUUUGGAGUCUGGCAGCAACCCACAACACGGCAAAGCGCACAUCCUGGAGGUGCUCGGCGCUCUUUACCACGAACUGGCUGCGUGCAAGAUCCUUUCAUCUCAUGGACGUCUGCAGAGUCAGCAAUCACUCCACAACCUCAUCAUCUCCUGCUGAACAAGACCGCCACCCUCUGGGCCCACCGCCAAAGGAGACCUUAAUGUAGUUGGUCUCCAGUAUAUAUAUAUAUAUAUACUAUAUAUAUAUUGGUUUACUAUAUAUACACAUAUAUAGUAAACCAACCUUAUUAACGAUCCUCUAGCUUUAAAAGCUAAAUUUAUCCGAUUUAUUGGAUAAAUUGUUGAUUAAAUGUUCAUGUUUCUACACAUUUAUUCAUUGUUUGCUCUUUUUUUUCUUAUGGAAAAGAUUUUAAAGUUGACUUAAGUUGAUAGAGGUCCUUAAGACGCCUUCUCUCUUCUAUUCAAGGAUGUGCAUGCCCGGCAAAUUUUGGAAAUUUUGUACACACAUUUUGGAAAUUUUGUUCAAUCAACAAAACACGGGGGUUCAUUUUUAUUUACAGAACCUUGUGAGUGUUUCAUUUCAAAUUAUUCCCAGAUGGGGGGGUUUCUUUUUCUUGUUUUUCUUUUGUUGGCUUCAUUUCAGCUACUGCUGAUGAAAAACGCUCCCCUCAGAUGCAGUUAUCUCUUCUGAUGCGUGACCAAACCACCCACAACAGCUCACCGCGCCAUCACGCUUUUAUUUUGAAAUCCGACACGCAAAAUGAAGCAGUGACGUGUCCAAUGUAACGCGAGGCGUCUUCGUCAGCCGUGCAGUCAGACCCUGCUGUUUUCCUUCUUCACUUUUGUUAUGCUUCUCAACUUCUCUUCCAAUUCUGUUUUCCCCAUUUUUGUUUCCUUGCAUUGGAUUUUCUUUUCCUUUAGUUUGGGGUUUUAUUCACUGUAAGCCUCGCUCCUAUUAGCGGCCUUAGAGUUUUAUGUUCUUUAUUUGGAGUCUUGAUGUAUGUGUCUGAGGUUGAACUUACUUCGAUUUAGUACAGUUUUGUUAUCAGUAAAUCUUUAAUUUUGUAAAUUGUAGUUUCUUUUUUUUUUCUUUUUGUUGCUUUUGUAUUUGCGUUCUCUUUCCGGUGUGGGUUUGGGUCUUAAAUGUCUUUUAAAGAAAACUGGAAAUAUGAAAUUGACACUAUGCAGCACAAGCACCCCCUACUGGCCUGCCCGUGACAUUGAUGCCACAAAGGAACGUGUCAAACCCCCAAAAAUCCUAACAAAUUAUUCAAACCCUCAAGUCUCUCAAGCACCUCUUGCAGAGAUUCCCCAGUUAGCCAAAGCUAUUCAAAAAUAGCAGAGAAUUUUAACAGAAUCCCAGGAACCAACGCCUACCGUUUUCAGCAGAGACCCAAUGACCUACAAUGAAUGGAGGACAUCUUUCACCUCACUUGUGGACUGUAAAGGCAUAUCUGCUGACAAGCUUCACCUAAUGAAAAGGUAUGCCGUCUUCAACAUUUUUGUAACAGUGAUGAAGAAUGGCGAAGGCUUGACCAGCAUUAUGGUCAAGCCUUUAUUGUCCACAGAGCUUUCAGAGGCAAAUUGUGUAAAAGGUCUAACAGGCUGAGAGGAUGCUGAUGGUUCACAGACAUUUUUAGAUGUCUUCAAGCCACGUCACGUGUCUACUUGAUCAUUCUAAAGCAAAGGAAAGGUUUCAUGGCCCUAUCAAACCAGCUUCAGAUGAAACCAUGGCCAUGUGUGGCUUUAUACUGGUUGUCCUGUUCAGCAGCUUGUUUUUUGUUGUUGUUCAUAGAGUGACCUUGAGAUUGUAUAAAGGUGCCUAUCAAUAAAAUAGAAAUGAUUAUUA